GCGCGGAUAAUGUCUGAGAAUGUCCAUUUCUGGGACGCUUAGCAGCUAUUAUGUCGACUCGAUCAUAAGUCACGAGAGCGAGGACGCGCCUCCAGCCAAGUUUCCUUCGGGCCAGUACGCGAACCCGCGGCAGCCGAGCCACGCCGAGCACCUGGACUUCCCCUCUUGCAGCUUCCAGCCCAAAGCGCCGGUGUUCGGCGCCUCCUGGGCGCCGCUGAGCCCGCACGCGUCGGGGAGCCUGCCGUCCGUCUACCACCCCUACCUGCAGCCCCAGGGUGCGCCGGCGGCGGAGAGCAGCCAACCCUUCCGCCAACUGGCUGCACGCCCGCUCUUCCCGGAAAAAGCGCUGUCCCUACACCAAAUACCAGACGCUGGAACUCGAGAAGGAGUUCCUGUUCAAUAUGUACCUCACCAGGGACCGCAGGCACGAAGUGGCCAGACUCCUCAAUCUGAGUGAGAGACAAGUCAAAAUCUGGUUUCAGAACCGGCGGAUGAAAAUGAAGAAGAUGAACAAGGAGCAGGGCAAAGAGUAAAGGAGCAGCCCCACCCUUCCCUACCUCACUCGGAUUAUUUAUGUGGUGGCUGCCAGGCCACUGCUGUCUGGGAUGUAUCCCAGUGAGUGGGGAAGGGCAUCUCUCCUCUUUAAAGUCCCUCUUUUGCCCCUGGAGCCUGCCUCCCCCUCCCUUGCCUACCCCUGUUUCUCUCUCUUCCCCUUGGGUGCCAGGAGGAAGUUUUGUUAAGUUAGAAGCUAGCUGUAGUUGGUUCCUAGGUUUCUUCCUCAAAGAAAGAGAACCCUAGUCAAGCUCCUAGCAUCCCUGCUAAUUUUUUUUUUCCUGGAAAAUCCCAGCCCUCCCCCCUUUCCAACUACCUGCCUGUUCCCUGCACCUAUUCGGAAGUCACCCAGGAACGGUUUAACUGUACACACCCCAACAGAUGCCCGAGGACAUAGAGUUGGGAGUCCACACUAAUAACGGAGAAAGAAAGUUACACCCUAUGUGCAGAGCUGGGCAGUCCCAGAGCCAGUCAGUUUCCCCCCUGAUGCAGACACACACAGGGUGAGUCUGGAGGUGAGCUCCUGAAUAAGGCUCUGCAGCCCAGCGUCCCCACAUCGUCCUUGUACUUAUCCCUAUGGAAUCGCCAACUCCACCCCGGGUCUUGGGGGACUGUGGGCAGACGGGGCCGGCCCAGUCCCCAAGCUAGAAAGGGCGAGAAAAAGGGCAGGGAGUGGUUUUCUGAAGGCACCUUUAGUGGAGUCCCCUCGCAAAUCUCUUUGCAGGAAAUGUUUAAUUGUGCACGUUUUCCUCUCCCCCCCUCCCCCAAGGAGGUCACACUGUGGGUGUAGAGCCUCCACAAUGCCGUUCCCUCAGUCACACGUCCCCUUGGCAGACUGUAGUAGUUUUUCUCGCUGACCACAGAUUUUGCAUUCUUCUCCAUUCCUCCCAGCUCCAAAGUCAACUCUCCUUUCAGUGGCUAAAUCUAUCUUGUGCCAGCUAGGCAAGUCUCCCCAUGUAGAAAAAAAAUCCCAUCACCCCCUCCUAGGUCAACCCCAUCAUAGAGAAGGCCGGGUCAGGAGAGUCUGAUUGAGACUUUAUUGUGAGUCAAUUUCCCAGCUACCUUCCAGAGUGGGCAGUCAGGGUAGGAGGAGAAGCAAUGGUCUCAGCAAGCAGGGCUGAUGGGUCUCCUCUCACAUCACUAGUUUCCUGGCCCACAAAGAAGAGAGCCCCUUGGCAUGCAGCCAGAGGGCCACAGGAAGAAACCCCAAAAGCUCAGAGUGGGGACUUCACCUCCUGCAGAAUACACUACUGGGUCCUGAUACGGGCCAUGUGCAGACACACUUCUGGCACACAGUCCCGCGCGUGCAAAGUAAAGAGGCAAAAUCAUGCCUUCCCACCGGGCAGAGACUCACCCUCUGCUUCUGUCCUUCCCUGCACUCAAUCCCCUCCACCCCCGGACUCUCUCCCGCUUCUCCUAACCCUGCAAAGAGGUCAUUCCAGUAGAACUUUGAAUUUUAUUUUAUUUUUUGCUUCGUCAGUGGCUGUGGUGAAAUUGUGCUUGUGUUUUGUGAUUCCUUUGGCAGUGAUCUUCAGUUGUUGCUCAUG